AUGUUUGAGACUCAAGGAAGCCAGAAUAACGGACACGGCGUACAUACACCUCCGAGAACCGAUCAGUCACCCAAGUUAUUACCAUUCACAGAAGCAGUUAUGCAAGCCCCGAUGCCCGAUCGGCCUCCACCACCGAUAGAAAGGUUUGACGGCAAUUCAGACCCAGAAUAUCACCUGAUAAAUUUCAUCGACUCCAUGGCCUUCUAUUCCAAAAGCGACCCGGUCAAGUGCAGGGCCUUCUCUCUAUCCUUGAAGGGAGAAGCGCUAGAGUGGUACUACACCCUCCCCCCUAAUACAGUGAACAGCUUCCGCACCGCCAUGACUCUAUUUAAAAAACAAUAUGCCUCCAAUCGGAAACAAGAAAUAACACCAGCGGACUUGGUAAAUACUAAACAGGAGAAAGGAGAAACUUUGAAGGCCUUUAUGAAAAGGUAUACUGAAACCGCACGACAGGUAAAAGAGGUCAAUCACUAUUUUAUUAUUAACAAUUUGUCUUCAUGUCUGAGACCAGGAUACUUUGCCGAAAAGUUGUAUGCGCGACCACCAAAAACUAUGGAAGAACUCCAAGAAAGAGUGGCUGAAUUCAUCCGCAUGGAAGAAAUGCGAAUCUCACAAAGAAAGCGGCAACAAGAAGCUGAUGUGGGAGGAGGUAGAAAGGACGGCAAACGACUGUUCGGUAAUAGUGAUAAAAGUGGGGAGCUUCCCCGGACAUUUAAAUUUAACCAUUUUACAGCCCUCAAUGCACCUAGGGAAAAAGUUCUCAAAGAAGCCCUAAACGCUGAACUUCUCACAUUCUGA